AUGGCUUCAGCGCCAUCACGGACAGAGAUGCCUCGCAUCGUGUCCCUCACACUCGUUUUCAACCUCUUUCUUACGCUCUUUUUUGGCCAUGUCGAUGCUCUUGGCGCCACCGAUACGAUUACCUGGGGAGGAGAUAAUUCACGUGCCGGAUAUCAAACUAAUCAUAAUAUGGAUCCAUCUGUGGUAGGAAGCUCACAGUUUGGACAAAUUUUCAAGACCGCGUUGCCAGGGAAAUACAAUGGUGCCGCAGAACAGAUUUACUCCCAGCCUUUGGUCUAUACCGGUGCGGAUGGCGUGCAAUACGUCUAUGUAGCGACGACCCAGAACAAUGUUUACAAAAUCGACGCAAAGACCGGUGCAAUCGUUUUGACCCGAAACUUACAUCUUCCAUUCUUGACAGCUGAUCUGGAAGGUUGCACGGAUAUCAAUCCUCUUGUCGGUAUUACCGCAACUGGAGUGAUUGACCCUGCGACAGAUACCCUUUACCUUACUUCCAAGACCUAUAUAGACCAGAGCCAAGUUGGGGUCGCUCAGGGCAGACCAGCUGGACGAUACUAUCUCCAUGCUAUCAACACCAACGAUCUCACCGAGCGUCCAAACUUCCCAGUCAAUCUCGAAGGUUACGUUGCGAAGAACAACGCACUCCGAAGCUUCAACGGAGGUAUCCACCAUCAAAGACCAGCUCUCCUUCACACUGGAAACUUCAUCUACGCGGGUUUUGCGUCUCACUGCGUCCAAUGGAACUUCACUGGAUGGAUCAUGGGAUGGGACAAGACCACUGGUGCCAAUGUGGAGCGUAUCGCUAUGGAAGGUGCUCCGGUGCCAAACACAACUCCCGGUGGAGGUAUCUGGAUGUCUGGAGGUGGUCUUACCUCUGAUGAUGCAGGCUCUAUCUUUUUCGGUACUGGAAACGGUUACGCAUCUCAACUUGCGACCAUUCCUGUCAACGGUCGCAACCCACCCUCUGCCCUCGAGGAAGCAGCUGUCCACAUGACUAUCGCAGACGACGGAAGCCUUACCACUGUCGAUUUUUUCAUGCCGUGGGAGAAACAACAGUUGGACGGUAUGGACAAGGAUUUGGGGACUACUCCUCUCCAACUGCUUCCUAGUCAGUUUGCCUGCGGAGAUAUCAAGCGUGUUGGUGUAAUAACGGGUAAGAUUGGAAAAACCUACUUUCUGAACCUUGACGAUCUAGGUGGAUACAGAAAUGGUGCAAACAACCUCGACAGGGUCAUUCAAGUUGCUGAACACGAGAACUCCGUAUACGCAGGUGCUGGUGUGUAUCCGCUGGAAGGUGGUUACGUCUACAUCUCUGUGACUCAACACGAGACUCACGUUUUCAAAUUCGCUUGCAAUGCUGGAGUGCCUUCUUUUACCAAGGUCGCCGACUCCCCAACUCUCAACGCAUACAUUUUGGGAACCGGUCACGGUACUGUAACUUCUCUGAAUGGCCAGGAGGGUACUGGUCUCCUCUGGACAAGUGAUGUUCAGAAUUACGGUCUUCGUAUUUACAACGCUGUUCCUCAGAAUGGUCUAUUGACCCAAAUCAACCAAUUCAACGUUCCGGGUGUCACCAAGUUCUCCCGACCAGUUUUUGGAGAUGCCCGCGUCUACCUCGGUACCAAUCAAGGAUUCUUGUAUGGCUUUGGUUCUCCUGUCAACCUUCCACUCAACUGCACAACUCCAGUCGAGUUUGGUACUUCCAACCUCAACAACCAGACAGCUGCUAAGACCGUCACUUGCAAAGCCAACGUUGCCGUCACCAUCACCAAUGUCACACUCACUGGAGACGCCAACUUUGUCAUUUCAAACGUACCCGCAGCUGGUCUCAAUGUCGCCGCUGGCUCAACCUUUACAUUCCAAGCUGCUUUCAACCCUAAGAAUGUCGGUGCUCAGUCUUCGGAUGUGGUCAUUGCUACUACCAAUGGCGUUGCUGGAUACAGUAUCAGCACCCCCGUCAGUUUGCGUGGAACCGGUCAAAGUCCGUCAGCUCUUCUCCAAGUCAGACCUCUUGCGGUGACAUUCCCUGGCGUUGUUGCUGGUAGUCAACCUGGUGGAGUCAACCAGACUAUAUUGUUCAACAACUUGGGUAACGCACCACUCACGAUCACUCAGUACCAGUACUCACUCGUCAGUGAGACUGGACCAUGGAUCGCUGCCAAUCAAACAGCAUCUGGUCCCCAGGCUGGUCCGUUCACACUGAUUGGACUUCCUACCUCAAUUCCUGGUAAUUCGGGCGCUACCGUCAUCAUCAACUUUGAUACUACCUUGGAAGGUAACUUUGGUGCUUACAUCAAUGUGAUAUCCAACGGUGGAACCAAAGUUUUCGAUGUUGUUGGGACGGCCGGUUCAGCACCAGCAGCUGUUGUUGAAUUCCAAACGCCAGAUGGACUUGGAUGGGUACCCUACAAGGCUGGUACCAACUUUACGUUCGGAAACGUAACAGAGCAGAACACUCGUUCAUUGAAAUUGCGAGUCACAAACAACGCUACCACCAACGGAGCAUCUCUUUCAUUGACUGUUUCCAAGCCACCUUUCGGUCUCGCAGGUAUCAUUGGAGCCAACAACCAAGUCGAUCUUGCCGAGGGUACUUCUCUAAAACCUGGAGAGAGCGCCACUGCCACCCUUUACUGCUCAGUACCAAAGUCUCAAUGGAACGUAGACCCAUAUAUUGGCACAGCUCAAUGGACAAUGAACGUAAACGAUGCCAACUUUGGUAAACAGGACAUCAAAUUCGUUUGUGGGGCCGUGUCUGAACAGGCAGCUCCUCUACAGCCAAACGGUCUCGGUUACUAUCGCUAUACUGGGUGUUACAAGGAGAACAAUCCUGGACGUCAACUUAAGCAGCAACUGUUCGGCAGUGACACUAACACCAAUGCCAAAUGUAUGGAUGCUUGUGCUACCGCUGGAUACACAUUCUGCGCAACUCAAUAUACCAGAGAAUGCUGGGGUGGUAACGUCAUUCCAUCUCUCAAGGUCGACGAAGCCAACUGCGACUUCGCCUGUACUGGUGAUCUGAACCAAAUUUGCGGUGGAAACGGUAUCGACAAUGCCGGAAGUUACAUGUCCUUGUUCGCAGACUCCCGAACAUUCGACGGCAACACCACUACUCCAUCAACUCCAGGCACUCCUGCACCUGCUCCAGGAGCUCCAAUCAUCAACCCUGGUGUUGGAGGCUUCACCAGCUUGGGAUGUUACACCGAACCAACCGGUGCCAGAGCACUCACCAACCAGAUCCAAGUUACCAAGAAGACCAUUGCCAGCUGUAUUGCUGGAUGUUCCGCACUUAACUCCAAUAUCCAGUACGCUGGUAUGGAGUAUGGUGGUGAAUGUUGGUGUGGCGCUACUCUCAACGCCAACUCUCUCAAGGUCGCCAACACUGAUUGUAGCAUGCCUUGUAACGAUAAUGCUACAGAGUACUGUGGAGCUGGUAGUCGAUUGAACCUUUAUAUCAAGGGUGCCGCACCAACUUCUCUUACUUCCAGCUCCGCUGCAAGUAGCACUGUUGUCUCUUCUUCGUCAAGCACUUUGGGUUCAAGCUCUAGCAGCGUCAUCUCGAGCUCUAGCAGUGUCAUUUCUAGCUCUAGCAGUGUUAUCUCCAGCUCGAGCAGUGUCAUUUCUAGCUCUAGCAGUGCCGCAAGCUCGAGCACAGGUACUUCUUCCCGCACCGUCAGCUCAAGCUCAAGCACUGGAUCUUCAAGUUCCAGCACAGCCGCUUCAAGUUCCAGCACCAUCAGCUCAUCCUCCAGCGCCAUCACUUCAAGCAGCAGCUCUUCGUCAUCAACUUCAUCUUCAUCUUCAGCUGCUCCUACACCCACAGGACCAACUGUCAAACAAGUCGUCGGAAGCUACUCCUUCCAAGGUUGUUACAACGAGAUCACUGUCGGUGGACGUGCACUCCAGCCAACUACCACCUUUGCUGACGAUGGCAUGACUCUCGAAGCUUGUUCUGCAUUCUGUACUGGCAAGACGUACUUCGGUGUUGAAUAUGGGCGAGAGUGCUACUGUGGUAACACUCUGUCACCGGACAGUAAAUUGGUGGCAAACCAAGCCGACUGCAACUUCCUUUGUCCAGGCGACAAGUACUCAUACUGUGGAGCUGGUAACAGAAUCCAGUUGUAUGCACUUACACCCAGCGCCAGUUCAUCGACAUCGAGAAGCUCGACUUUGUCGUCGUCAUCCUCUUCGUCGUCGUUGGUAUCUAGCUCUAGCAGCUCGUCUGUCGCAGGUAGCUCAAGUUCAUCUUCCGCUGCCUCGACUAGUGCAUCUGUAACAAGCUCAUCUUCAAGCUCUUCUGUUGCCAGCAGUUCUUCUAGCUCAGUCGCCAGCACCUCCAGCUCCUCUUCCGUUAUCGGCUCCUCGAGCUCCUCCACCGUCGUCAGCACAGCAUCCAGCUCUUCAAGCUCUUCGGUCAUCCCAACAACCUCGUCUUCAGCCACUUUGACCUCAAGCUCAACCAGAAGCUCGACCACUUCCACGACCGCAACCCAGACCGGACCAACAAUCGUUCCAUCCGUUGGCCUCUACAAUUACGCAGGAUGUUACACCGAAGGAAAUGGAGUCCGAGCUCUUGGUUCUGCUUCUUACCCAAGCGAUACCCUUACCGUCGCCGCUUGUGCCGCUUCCUGCUCCAGCUUCAUGUACUUUGGCGUUGAGUACGGUCGUGAGUGUUGGUGUGGUAAUAACUUUGGAACAGGUGCCCUCCUCACCAAGGAUACCGACUGCUCGAUGACUUGUGCUGGUGACAAGAACACUUACUGUGGAAACGGUAACAGAUUGAAUGUUUACAUCAAGAACGGAACUAUUGGUGGAUCUUCUAGCAGCUCGAGCUCCUCGUCUACUAGCUUGCCUUCUUCGUCGUCGAGCGCGUCUUUGAGCAGCUCCUCGACAGGAAGUUCUUCCAGCGCUGCCUCGUCAAGUGUGAGCAGCACUCUGAGCAGCAGUUCUUCUGCAAGAUCUUCGGCCCCAAGUUCUACUUCUUCUAGCAGCUCAUCUGCGUCGCCAUCUAGCAGUUCCACGAGCUCCUCGUCCAGCUCCGUUACCUCUCCAUCAAGCACUUUGACAAGCUCCAGCUCAUCUUCAAGCUUAUCUUCCAGUUCUAGCACUGUGCCAUCAAGCAGCUCUACCGCUGGCUCUUCAUCGAGCUCAGUCGCUUCGUCUUCAAGCUCAAGCUCUAGUGCUACACCGACGAGCACUUCCACUUCCGCGAGCUCGACUUCCAGCUCUAGCACCGUGCCAUCCAGCACCUCCACAAGCUCAACCUUCUCAAGCACCAGCCUGUCAACCUCCAUCCGCUCAACAAGCAGCUCCUCAUCCACCUCUUCCACCUCAACUUCAUCCACCUCCUCCGCCAAACCCACCCCAACCGGCCCCGUCGUCUCCGAAGGCAACGCAAACUUCACCUACUACUCCUGCGCCUCCGAGCCCUCCAGCGGCCGUCUCCUCCCCUCCCAAAUCCUCAACAACGGCACCUCGAUGACCAUCUCCAUGUGUCUGACCGCCUGCUCCAACUACCUCUACGCGGGCGUCGAAUACGGCCGUGAGUGCUGGUGCGGAAACAAAUUGAAUACCGGCACCACGUCCCAGAACCUGACGGAUAGUCAGUGCAAUUUCUUGUGUCCGGGAAAUAGCACAGAGUACUGUGGUGCGGGGAGCAAGAUGAGUUUGUUCUGGUAUGAUAGGCAGAAGGCGAUAUCGAACAACCAGCCGUUGAAUGCGGCGAGCGCGGCGUUGGGGGCGGGGAUGAGGUUUAGGGUUUAA